GGGUUAGCGACCUCCCUGAUGCAGACCAUAGUUCCCAUCAUGAACCGCGACAAGUGCAACACCCGGAAGUACAUGAACGGACAGGUCAGUCCCAACAUGCUCUGCGCCGGAUAUGACGAAGGAGGAAGGGACGCCUGCCAGGGUGACUCCGGCGGCCCCCUGGUCUGUAACUACAGCGGAAAGUGGACCCUGGACGGCAUCGUGUCCUGGGGGUACGGCUGUGCGCAGGCGUACAAGCCCGGCAUCUACACCCGCGUCACCCAGUUCGUCAGCUGGAUCAACAACAAAAUGGCGGCAAACUAGACUGAGCAUAGCAGCCCGUU